AUGUGUGUUGACUUCAGAGACCUGAACAAGGCCAGUCCAAAAGACAACUUUCCAUUACCUCAUAUUGAUGUGCUUGUUGAUAAUACUGCUCAAUCUAAGGUGUUCUCCUUCAUGGACGGUUUUUCCGGUUAUAAUCAGAUCAAAAUGUCUCCUGAAGAUAGAGAGAAGACAUCUUUUAUCACUCCAUGGGGUACUUUCUUCUACAAAGUGAUGCCAUUCGGCCUAAUCAAUGCUGGUGCUACCUACCAAAGGGGAAUGACCACUCUGUUUCAUGACAUGAUUCACAAAGAAGUUGAGGUAUAUGUGGAUGACAUGAUUGUGAAGUCAGCAGAUGAGGAGCAGCAUGUUGAAUAUUUAACAAAGAUGUUUGAAAGGUUGAGAAAAUACAAGCUGCGAUUGAAUCCCAACAAAUGUACAUUCGAAUUGAGUGUGAACGUUGAGCAUUUCCUCUCCUUGGAAAAGCUGAAGGUACAUGAUUCCAAAGUAGAAAAUAUAUUUUGUCUCAAUGAAGUAAGUGAGCAGCAGAUGAACUUUGGGUUGCAAGACAUUGAGUUGCAUAAUCUACCUAUGAUAACAUGUCUUUUUAAGGGUUGCAAAAAUUAUUUUUCCCUCAAAAACCUUACUAAGAUGAACAUUAAGGGAUGUGAAAAAUUGGAAUUUGUUUUCUCUACUUCUAUAAUAAUGUGCCUACCGCAGUUGCUUCAUAUAAGAAUUGAAGAAUGCAAGGAGUUGAAGCAUAUGAUUGAAGAUGAUUUGGAGAGUAAAAAAUCCUCAAAUUUUAUGGCUACCAAGACUGUAUGCUUCCCAAAGCUAAAAACACUUGUGGUAAAAAGGUGCAAAAUGUUAAAAUAUGUGUUUCCAAUCUCCAUAUGUAAAGAGCUUCCUGAGCUACAGUUUCUAAUUAUAAGAGAAGCAAAUGAGCUAGAGGAAAUAUUUGUAUGUGAAGAAGGUGAUGAGAAAGUCAAUAUUCCAAAACUGGAAUUUGUAGCAUUUGUCAACCUACCAAGUCUCUGCCAGACUCAAGGAAUUCAUUUUCAGGCUGUACAAAAUCGUAUUAUCCAAAAUUGUCAAGAACUCUCUCUGACUAACGCAAUAACAGAAUUCUUAAGAGAAUACACAAUUCAUUAUAUCUCAGAUUAUUAUCUGCGUAAGGAUAUCAAUUCUGCAAUUGAUCAUUUGCGAGAAGAGACCAGAGACCGCGAUACCUGUAAUGAUGAUUCUGAAAUUGAAGUUACUAUAUUGACUUCUUCACAGGGUAUCGAGAUAACUGUUGAAGAAGUAACUGCAUUAACUAAUACCAAGACAUUAAAAUCCUCGACUUAUUCAAAAUCACUCAGUUCAUCUUCCCAGGAUGAAAUCAUUCAAGAGGGUUCUACGUCAGGAACAAAGAAUGACCAAGAUAUUCAAUUAGUUGAUCUUACACAAAAGAGUGUCAGGUUAAGUAUUGAAGAUAUUGAUAAUGUUGCCUCUCAGGAAACAUCUCAGACUAAUACCAAUCAAGUUUCUCUAAGCCAUAAUAUUAAGGAGCAGUUUCCUAUGGAUGAUGAAAUAAUUUCCAAAUCAAAACCCUCUCCCAGCAUCAUAUCUCCUAUUGCAUGUCAGUUUCCUUUAAUUCCUUCGAAAGAUUUUGAUUUGUAUUUGCAUAUGGAGAGUUUAUAUCAACAAUUUCAAGAAGUUUCUAAGGGUCACAUUAACAGUAAUGAAAAUCAAAGUGCACAAAUCACUAAAGAAUUUGCAGCCUGGAUUGAAGCGGAAGCAGCAUCAAGGCACAAGUCGACUUCUUCACAGUUGGAGGUCUCUGCAUCAGAAAGAUUAGCAGGUGCAACUUUGUCCACCAUUUCAGAAACAAUCGAUGAGCCACCUAUACAAUUAGUUGCUCCUAAACAAAAGGCAUUUCCCUUAUUUUCCUAG